GCGAACGCACCCAUCGACGAUAUACAACGCUGUCCAAGCACUGGAAUGCCAUCAGCACCAACUCAACUGCCGCUCGAGUUGUGCGAAGCUGUCAUCGACUGUCUUCACGACAACAGAGGUUGUCUCAGGAUCUGCUCCCUGAUCUGCCGUUCGUGGUCUCCGCGCGCACGUCGCCACCUGUUCCGCAAAGUACAGCUCUUACGGAGAAGACAAGGCCUGCGUUUCCUGGCGGCUCUAGAAUCAUCCUGGGAGGCAGGGACGAGAAUCGGUGAAUACGUCCUCGACUUGGAGCUCCCUCGUAUGGGAUUGACGGGGAAGCAUCGCGAUUUGCUACUGCGAUGCGCUCUCCUUGUAGAGAUCUCACGUCACCUGCCGAACCUCGAGUGUCUGCGGAUGUACGACUUCGACUGGAACGGACUGAUCUUCUUGAUGGAGUCCGCUGGACUCGUCGACUCAGCAUCGGAGAUCCCGGACAGGUCUAGGACGGCGAAUGCACCAGCUACCGAGUCGGAAUCGGCUUCCGCAUCGUCGCCUUCAAUGCUCUUCCCGCGAUUGACCUCGCUGCGCAUCUCCAGCUCUGCGUCUUCCCUCAUCGCGUCCGGCGAAGCAGUCGUACAAUUCUUCAAGUCGUUCCCAGAACUGAACGCUCUCGACAUCGCGUUCAUGCCCACUCUUGAGGCUUCGCGAUCCGUGCAUCCUCCGGAUCGCAUCAUCGCGCGUGAUAGCGGAGGAGCACCGUGCGUCCGCCUUCGUGAGCUGAGGUUGGAUACGAGCACGUGGGCUGCGUCGCCCGCGCUGGACUGGCUGUCUCGUCCCUCGGUCGAAUUAGACCUCCACAAACUCGACAUCGACCUUUUCCACACCUGGGGGGCGACGUCGCGUCUGGCGGAGCUCCUCGGUGGGAGGGAGUGCGCCAUGUUGGAGCAUCUUGCCUUUUCUCUGUCAGAUGUAAGAGUCCUCCCGCUGCUCGACCUCUCAAAGUACAGGUUUCUGCGCUCCCUCCACAUGCGCUCAUACUACCACUUCAAGUACAUAGCUCAGGUGUUCCGUGAUAUGCAUGAAGAGGAUGCGGGAGAUCCAGUGGAUUGGGAAGCAUUGAACCAUGCACUCGUUUCUCUCUCUCGACGAUGUCCAGGAUUGUCGAUCACUUUUGACUGCAGGUUCGACCUCGUGCCUCCGGCGGAUAACUUCAUACGCUACACAGUGCGGUGGAUGAAGGACAGACUGGCUCCAACUUUGGCUGCGCGGCAUCUAGAUGCCAAAUUAGUUGUAAAUGGAGUACGUUAUCAUUGAUCGCGCACCUCGGAGGAAUUCGAACUUGAAGAACGUGUAUGACCAUGUAAUACGGGAUGGCUGUGGCGUUUAUUUCGCACAAAC